AUGGAGGAGCAAACGCAACCGAAGGAGACGCCUGCGCAAGAGACGACCAUACAGCAACAGCAACCCGCGCAAGAAAGCGCAGCUCCCAGGAGCAAUGUCUUAGCUCUGGGAACCGCUCUCCCUCACCUUCCUCUCCUCAAUCCUUCCAACGGCUUCGAUCCCAGCAUGCAAGCUGCGCCAAUGGACCAGGUGCUCCCGGAAGCAUUGCAGGAGGUCAUCCCUGGAGCCAUGCCCGGGAUCCUUCCCGGCAUAUUGCCCACAGGCGAGAUGUUCAUGCCCCAGCUACUCCAGCAGAACGGACAGCAGCAAAUAUUCAUGAACGACAGCAUGAUGCCCAAUAUUCCGGCCGCCGGCAUGAGCGCGGAUGAGAUUGCUCUCUACGACCGUCAAAUCCGCCUCUGGGGCAUAAAAGCCCAAGAGAAGAUCCGCAGCGCCAGCAUCCUCCUCAUCACCAUGAAGGCCCUCGCAAACGAGAUUGCAAAGAACCUCGUUCUCGCCGGCAUCGGCUCCCUCACCAUCCUCGACGGCGCCCCUGUCUCGGAAUCAGAUCUGGGCUCCCAGUUCUUCCUCUCCGAGGAGGAGAACCACGUCGGCCAGAACCGCGCCCAGGCCGCCGCCGCCGCCAUCCAGAAGCUCAAUCCGCGCGUCCAGGUCCACGUCGACGCCGAGGGCAUAAAGUCCAAGGGCACGAGCUAUUUCUCCGCGUUCGACAUCGUCAUCGCGACCGACCUGGACCCGGACUCCCUCAACAUCAUCAACACCGCCACCCGCCUGCAUCAGCGGGCUUUUUACGCCGCGGGAACGCAGGGCAUGUACGGCUUCGUCUUCUCCGACCUCAUCGAGCACGACUACGUCAUCGAGCGGGACCUCGGCAACGUCGCAACCAAGCUCGCGCCCGAGACGCGGACACGCAGCGUCGUCGCCGUCAACACCAAGAAGGAGGGCGGCAAGACCAUCGAGAUGGUGACCAAACGCGAGCUCUACUCGACCUGGUACCUCGCCAGCGACGGCGCCACCUUACCCGAGGAGUACGCAAAGAGCGCGCGCAGGAAAAAGGCCGUCAGCCCCGUCAUCUCGUGCCUCCGCGCCCUCUGGGAUUUCCAGGUCCUCAACAACGGCCGACUCCCCAGCCAUACCAAGGAGGAUCUCGGUCUCUUCACCAAGCUCGCCACGGCCAAGCACGCCCAGCUGGGUUUACCCUCAGAGACGCUGCGGUCCGAGGUCCUGCGCGGCUUCCUGCAGAAUAUCGGCAGCGAGAUGGCGCCCGUCACAGCCAUCCUCGGAGGCCAGCUGGCGCAGGACGUCAUCAACGUCCUUGGCCAGACACAGCAGCCCAUCCAGAACAUGGUCAUCUUCGACGGCAACACCAUGGAGGCGUCGGUCCUCCCGCUGCACCCCGUCGGCGAGCUGGGCCGCGGCCUCCUCUCGCUCGCUGCUCCCGGUGGUCUCCUGCCGAACGGCGGUGGUUUGAUGCCCGGUGAUCCCAGCAUGAUGAUGAGUUUGGACGGCGCCGUAGACUUCAACAACACCCAGAUACUCACGCAGUAG